GUGGGUUGGGUGUUGCUGGGGGUCUAUAGAACUGCAUCUAAUAGACUUGAACUUUCAUCUUAGGAAAUCGCUUUGGGUACUACCUUGCAGUCUCUGGUCAUUCUUACCGACUCGGUUCAUCUCCUCAGCGACAUCCUAGCCCUUAUUGUUGCUCUCUACGCCAUUCGGAUCUCUAAACAUCCGGAAACUGAUAUGCUGACCUACGGCUGGAAACGGGCCGAGAUUCUGGCAGCCUUUUUCAACGGAAUCUUUCUGGUGGCGUUGUCGGUCUCGAUUAUCAUCCAUUCGAUCCAGCGAUUCAUUCACUUGGAAGAGGUCUCGGAACCUUUGCUAGUUGUCAUUAUCGGUUGCGUGGGCUUGGGCACUAAUGUCGCUGGUAUUUUCAUAUUCCAUGAACAUCCGCAUCUCGACGGGGAUCAUUCUGCUUGCGCUCAUCUGCACCACCAUGAUGAUGACCACGCACACGGUCACGGCCACCAUCAUCAUGACCACGAACAUCACCACCGUGGAGAUGCCGAGCUGGGACAUGCCAAAAAGCAGAUACAUAUUAAAGGUCAUCGUCAAGAAGCAUCAAAGAGCCACGAUCAUCAUCAUCGACAUCACCAAAAUUGUGGAGAUCACUCACAUGGCCAUCAUGAACAUGCACAACACGGACACAACCACGGACAUGACCAAACACAUGAACAAGAACGCCAUGGGCAUAAGUAUUCGCAUGGCAACGGUCACCGGCAUGGGUAUGAUACACAAACUCAGUCCCGUGGGCAUCAUGCUUGCGCGUACUCCCACAACGACGACCAUCAUCAUCAGUCUCCUUCAAAGCUGGUCUCUAAGCACGACCCCUCGAAACCGGACUCUCACGCGCACUCUGCUCAUGGAUACCACUCGAAGAACUCGAAACUACAACCUAUCGACAAGUAUUCCAGGCACCGACAUGAGCGGGUAGAAGAGAUGCAGCUUGAGCGUAUCCACCCUGCUGGUUGUUUCGGACACACUAUGCGUCAUACCGAAUCUCACCUCUCUAGCGACCAUCAUGCUCAUCACCCACAUCAAUCGGCUUGUUGCUCUCCAACUAUCCGACCCGAGUCUAGCGCCAGUUCGGGCGAGAGCUGCUGCAAAGAGAGUAUCGUAGAAGCACCGGCCCCUCACAAGCACAAAGUGGCCAGGUCGAUGAACAUGACCGGGAUCUUCAUACACAUUAUCGGAGACGCGCUUGGAAACCUCGGGGUGAUUGUGACGGGGUUGAUCAUCUUACUAUGCAAGGGUCAAUGGCGAUACUACAUGGACCCCACAAUGAGUGUGCUGAUCUCCUUGAUGAUAUUUGCCAUUGGCACGCCACUCAUCAAAAAGGCGUCUCAUAUCCUUCUUCAAGGGGUACCUUCCAACGUCUCGCUUUCAGAGCUCCGUAAGGAGCUUGAGCUUAGGCGUGAAAUCAAGAAUGUGGAGAAGCUUCAUGUAUGGCAGCUCUCUGAGCAAGUUACCAUCGCUUCAGUACACGUACUGGUAGACGCUCGGACGGAAGACUCGAUCGUCGUUCCGAUCGUCAGAGAGAUCCUGGCUACCCAAGGGAUCCAGUUUUCCACCAUCGAAGUGGCAAAAGAAGACAAGCGCGGGAAGCAGUUCCGCAUCAGCAGCCUACAUUUCUCGAACCACGGUGGCGACUGGGUACGUGCCAAGGAUUGGCGCUCGAAGGGGUCGACUUUGCCGGAUACGAUGGAGGAGAGAGAUACGAUGGAAAUCUUGAUGUGAUGUUAGUAGGCUGUAUUUACUUUGUACCGAUGGAUUGUAACGAUACCGAGUCUGCGUACUCCCUGGAUAUAGAUUUCCUUCCCGACA